UAUAUACAACCACACACCAACCGACCCUCCACACCCAGUACACCAGGCCACCUCCAUGGCAAACCACCACGGGCCGCGGCACAACAAUGGCUCCGGCGGUGACUCCUUCUCCUUCCCUAGCACUCCCAACCAAGACUCCUGCGCCGGGGACGACGUCGAUGACUUUGAGUUCGGAUCCUUAACCCCGGACUCUCCCUCCAGCGAUCCAUCUAGAGCCUCCCCGGCCGAUCAUAUCUUCUUCAACGGCCGCCUUCUUCCUCACUCUUUCCCGCCACUCCAACCCCACCCCACCAUUCUUCUCUACGACCAUAAUUCUCGUGCCGUGAGCCGAACCAGUAGCAAGAACUCGCGCUCCAUGGUGUUAUCAUCGCGAAGUAACAGCACCAACAGUAGAAGCAGUAGUUGCAGCAGCGCGAGGACAAGCUCGAGUGAUAGUUCUGAGCGAAGGUUGUUUUAUAGCAGAGUGUCGUCGUCCGGUGGGAGACCCUGCCAGGGGAAUAAUAAAAUGGCUUAUGGAUGUUCACAGAGGUGGCAAUAUAUAACACCAGUGCCGGCCACCGCCUUGAGCCGAGACUCGUCGCUUCGGAGGAAAGGAAAGAAGGAGGACUUCGUGAACAAGAAGAAGAAGAGGGAGGAUCAGAGAUUUCCGUUUGGCCGGAGACUUUUCCGGUGGAUUGUGAUGGCAUGCAAAGAGUGCCACGCCUUGGAGCCGUCGAGAAAAGAGAGAAUAAAGUUGCGAGAGAAUGUGAAAUAAUGAUAUAGAUUUUAAUUUCACCAAAUUAACUAAUUUAGUCCUCAUUUUAUAUUCUCAAAACAAAAUAAUAAAUGCACAGGUUAAUUUGCAAAUUCGUUACUUGUUAGUUCUUUCAAAAUGCUGAACCUUCGGAGGAAAGAACUGGCAUAUAUUGCUCUCAAAUUCACUUGUGUAUUUAUUAAAUCUCUUGAGAAUGCGGUUAAAUGUUUAACCUGUUCACAUUUGUACUGGUGAGCUUUUUUUCCUUUUCCUUUUUAUGGGUGCAUCAUAUCCUAUUUAUAUAUA